AUGGAGCUUGAAGGAAAGGUUUUAACAGAAGAGGAAGAUCGAGAACUGGAGCAGCAACUUAAACGUCUAAACGAGCCGGCUGUUAAGACCAUCCAGACAGAACAUGGGGACAUAUAUGACUGCGUGGACUUCUACAAGCAACCCGCCUUUGACCAUCCCCUUCUGAAGAACCACAGCUUUCAUCUCGGGAUCGGGCUGCAAUUUGCUCUCACUACUAUGUUGCAGAAAUUGCGGUUGUUCGAACCAAGUUCGUUGCUGGAAAGAAGUAUAGUCAGUGUAGAAAUGCCACAUGCCAAUACCUCCCAAUACAGUUCGGCCCGCAUGGAGACUCGGAAUGGCCUAGAUUCUAUUCAGGUCUGGUGGAUGGCGAAUCCAACUCUCUAUGGGGAUAACAGAACUCGAGGUUUAAUCGGUCUCAAGAUCUCGACCCAAGCUCGACAACCCAGCUCGGGGUUCACGAGCCCCCGCCUCGACGAACCCAAGGCUUGCGAAACCCAGGCUGGGUUCGCGAGCCCAACGCGAACCCAGCGUGGUGCUCGCGAGACCUGGGUGAAGGACAAGUUCAGCGAGAACUGGUGGCUCGAGCUCGGCCUAACUCACACGCAAGCCGAGUUCUGGCCGCAACAGACAUUCACGGGGCUGAAGGACUUGGCUAACUAA